CCAUCUCUGAGGCAAGGCAAGGGCCCUGGGAUCAGCUCAGCACCACCCCGAGCUCCUGGGUUCUCCUCUCUGGAAUCCCUCCCUUCUUUGCCUAUCUGAACUGGGGGGUGGGGCUGCUGGCUGGUUUGAGCUCCACCCUCAGCCCCCAUCCAAUCACAGUUCCUCCUUCUGGGGGCUGGGCCGAAGGGCUGCACUCCAAGCUGCCAGCUCUGGCACUAGGCUCCCAGCCCAGGGAAGAUGUGCUGCCGCUUCUGUCACCGCUGGCAACCGCCCUGUGCACUGGGGCUGUUGCUGCUGCUGCUGCCGCCCCUUGUCCUUGUAUCUCCCCUGGCAGCAACUACAGCGGUCCCAGGCCGCUGUGACACCAUGUACCAGGGCUUUGCCGAGUGUCUCAUCCGCUUGGGGGACGGCAUGGGCCGCGGAGGUGAGCUGGAGAGCGUCUGCAGGUCUUGGAAUGAUUUCCACACCUGUGCCUCGCGAGUCCUGUUGGGCUGCCCUGAGGAGGCCGCCGCCGUGUGGGAGUCACUACAGCAAGAAGCUCGCCGGGCCCCACACCCAGAUAAUUUGCACACUCUGUGCGGCACCCCUGUACGCCUUCAGGAGCACGGGGCGGGCCCAGAGACCAACCAGGAGACGCUGCGGGCGACAGCGCCAGCACCCACUCGGGUCCCCGAGCCCCCUCUGCUGGCGGCUGCUUUGGCACUCGCCUGCCUCCUGGGUCCUCUGGCCUAG